GUAUAGUCUGAAGCGUGCGCGCUCCCUUUUCUCCACAGUGUGGGAACCGGGUUGGUGACGUGCGCGAAGCCGACUCCCGUGCGCGUUCCCAAGACCAAAGGCGAAUGCGGUAUUGAAAACAAGGAUCGGAGGAGAGAGAGAGAGACAAGGAGAUAGACUGAGAAACCUGGGACUGCCGUUUGAUAUUUAAGAUUGUAAUAACUGAGGAGCUUUGUAUGCGUGCCACGCCAGGCUGAGGAUUCGGGAGGCAUUUGUUAAGGAUGAAAUGAACAGGAGUUGUUGAAUGACUGCAGCCUGUCUACAAAUCUGCUCCUGGUGACUGGUUUGUGGAUAAGCUUUUUUUUUUUUUUUUUUUUUUUAUAUUUAUUAUUAUUGAGCCACUGAGUGGCAGAUCUCCCUGCAAUUGAGAUUUCCAUCCUCCUAAGGAGACAGCAGCCACGGUACAUCCUUGAUUUGACAAAGGAGGAGCGAUGGUGCUGUCACAAAGACAACGAGAUGAACUCAAUCGAGCGAUAGCGGAUUACCUUCGCUCCAAUGGAUAUGAAGAAGCAUAUUCAGUUUUUAAAAAGGAAGCAGAAUUAGAUAUGAAUGAAGAAUUAGACAAGAAGUAUGCAGGUCUUUUGGAAAAAAAAUGGACUUCUGUAAUCCGAUUACAAAAAAAGGUUAUGGAGCUGGAAUCAAAAUUAAAUGAAGCAAAAGAGGAAAUCACUUCAGUAGGACCACUUGGACAAAAGCGUGAUCCUAAAGAGUGGAUACCACGCCCCCCUGAGAAAUAUGCCCUGAGUGGCCACAGAAGUCCAGUAACCAGGGUUAUUUUCCAUCCUGUUUUCAGUGUUAUGGUUUCUGCUUCAGAAGAUGCUACAAUUAAGGUAUGGGAUUAUGAGACGGGAGACUUUGAGAGGACUCUGAAGGGGCACACAGACUCUGUACAAGACAUUUCCUUUGACCAGACUGGCAAGUUGUUGGCAUCCUGUUCUGCUGAUAUGACCAUCAAGCUUUGGGAUUUCCAGGGCUUUGAGUGCAUUAGAACGAUGCAUGGUCAUGACCACAAUGUUUCAUCUGUAGCAAUUAUGCCCAAUGGAGAUCAUAUAGUGUCUGCAUCCAGGGAUAAAACUAUUAAAAUGUGGGAGGUUGCUACUGGGUACUGUGUGAAGACCUUCACUGGCCACAGAGAAUGGGUCCGUAUGGUGCGACCCAACCAGGAUGGCACACUGAUAGCCAGCAGCUCUAAUGAUCAGACGGUUAGAGUGUGGGUAGUUGCAACAAAAGAGUGUAAAGCAGAGCUUCGAGAACAUGAGCAUGUUGUUGAGUGCAUUUCUUGGGCCCCUGAGAAUUCCUACUCCAAUAUACUUGACGCUACAGGUUCAGAGAGCAAGAAGAGUGGCAAGCCUGGCCCUUUCCUCCUGUCAGGUUCCAGAGAUAAGACCAUCAAGAUGUGGGAUGUUAGCAUCGGCGUGUGCCUUAUGACACUGGUGGGUCAUGAUAACUGGGUGCGAGGAGUAAUGGUGCAUCCUGGAGGCAAGUUUAUUGUGAGCUGUGCAGAUGACAAGACUUUGCGGAUCUGGGAUUACAAGAACAAGCGGUGCAUGAAGACUCUUAGUGCCCAUGAACAUUUUGUAACCUCUCUUGAUUUCCAUAAGACAGCUCCUUAUGUUGUAACUGGAAGCGUAGAUCAAACAGUAAAAGUGUGGGAGUGUCGCUGAUGAGAGCAACAGGCCUUGUUCCCUACACCCCUCCCUGCCACACCCCAUCCCACCAUCCUGCUCCUCUGGAUGCACUCAGAUACCAUCAAGCUCUGUUUAAAUAACUAUUGUCCUUUUAUGUAAAUUAUUCUGGAUGUAGAUUGAGCUAUUAAAUGUUACACAAAAAGUAUUCUUGCAUGGUGAAUCCAAAAUUGUAUACUGUAAAUUUACAUAACGUUGUCUAGAAGUACCAUAGUUUUAAGAACUUGGGCUGGCGUCACAUCAGCCCUAAAGGAGGCAGAAGUUGGGUAACUUAAGACAGAAACCUGUAGGGCGCUAAACUGAUAAUUUAAUGACAGUGUCGUUCUUACGUGUCAGAUUACUCUGUCUUUCUUUUAAUUUUUUCCACUGUCGUAGUCUGCUGGUGCCUAGAUCGGUGACCUCGUUGAGAAAAAAAAAA